AUGAGAGGUAGUGAUUGCGUCAGAAUAGGCUAUUCAUCCGCGAACGGAGCCUUCGAAGAUGCAAACUCAACAACGUCAUCACGUUUGCCAACUAUCUAUAAACUCGAGGACGAGCUUAAAUUGGGAAUGGAGAUACUCCACAAGACAGGGAAAACAACGUUCAUUACUUGUCUGCUACAAUUGCUUGAGCUUUUUGAUUUGCUCUGCCCAGUCAUAUAUAACACCGUCGUCCGGAAUCAGCAGAAGGACGAUAUGUGAGCCCUUGUAGCGAAUGGAUGGUACUAUGCAAGAAAACCUCGUCUUCCG